GGAAGCUUUUGCCAUAGAUAACCCCACUCGGCCCUCCACCAGUUCGUGUUCCAAGUGACAUCUCCAGCAUGCACUUCACCGACGAUACCUCUGCGGGGCAUGAGGCCGAUGACGACGAUCAUGAGCGUCGCCUGCGCCAGGUCAGCGAGCAGGGCGGGCAUAAUGGUGACGAGACAUGGCCGCUCUCUGCAGGACAGGCAGCCGGUAAUGCUGCUAUCGCACGCCCACCGCACGUGAGCCUUUUCUCGCCAGGCGUACCUGCCAUGUCUCCCACAGCCUCCUCCGACGCUGGACCCGGGUAUCCCCGGGCACAUGAGGGCAGCCCGAGUCCCGCAGGUCCCUCUCGUACGCUGUCUUCACUCGCAGCUGCUGCCAACAUGACGAAGCGCACAUCAAGGCUCAAACUGGCCGACGACCACACGCCGAUUGUGCAACUCCAGACGCAGAUACCGAGCGUCCAAAAGAGCGGCGAUGAUCCGACUACAGCCCUCGACACACCCGGCAAGAAGCGGACCACUAUCGAUCUUAUGGGGAACGAAUACGCUGCCGUCUCUACGCUCAGUCGACUCUUCGCCGAUGGCCCCAGCAUGUCGAACAGUCGAGCGCCCUCAUACAACCAAGCUACCGGUCCGUUAUAUCUACGAGCGUCAAACGACGCGGUCCCCCUACCUGACCACCUCUACACUCGCGGUCUGCUGGAAGGGCGACACUCAGACAUUUGCAUCAUUGCGUUCGGCAAACGAUACAACCUGCACCGCCUGCUACUCGAUCGAGCUCCGUUCUUCGCCACCGCCCUCUCUGAACCUUGGGUCGAGAGUCAAUCCAAAGAGGUGACGCUACAUCCGGAAGAGAUCGACCAUAGCAUCACACAAGCAGCAUUCGAGCUGGCUAUCCGCAAGAUUUACGGCGUAGAUAUCUCCAAAGAGAUUGACGCAGAAGCUGUCGGUCUCUUUGCAACAGGAUGCUGGCUGGAGAUGCAGAACCUCAUCGACUCAGCCAUCGAGUCCAUCUUACGCCAAAUGGCACCUGAGACUCUUGCGCCUCUCAUACGACUGGUCACAGUUAACUACUAUGGCCGCUCUGGAGAGCGUCUCCUCGAGUCAGCCAAGGCAAUGCUUAGCAGGAACGGCUGGGAGAUGGCACUCAAGAACUGGGACGAGAUGCCUGGAGACAUCAUCCGCGAACUCGUGGGCUCAGAUGGCUUCUUCGUGGACAGCGAGUGGGACAGAUGGGUGCUGGCCAAGCGCCUCCUCGAUCGCCGUCUCAGACAGGUUGCUGUUGAAGCUGGCCUGAUGAAGCGUGGACAAAAGCCCAUACCCAAGGCUCCACAGUCUAUGCGUUUCAUGGCAGUACGCUUCGAUGGUGUCUACCGUCAGAAUGCUCUAACAGCAACGCAAGCAUUUGCCUCGGAUGCACAGGCAGAGUGGCUCACGGUGUACACGAACCCUGACGUUGAGCGCCUUCUGGUCCUGCUUGACGAGGGUAUACACUACAUCCAUAUGGAAUAUGAGCAACUUGAGUUCAUUCGCACGGCUCGCGAUGCCUUUGGUCUGCCAGUCAUGCCUGAAAGAGUCAUUUCGAACGCAUUGUGGCAGCAGCUUGCUCUCCGCCAGACGGUACUCAACGCAGACGAGUCAGCGCUGGAGCUCGGACUACGCCAAGCACCACAAGAGCCAGAGACGGCUGACGACUUGUCGAAGGUUGAAGAUGCAUCCGUAUCAAAAGGCAAACAAAAAGCAAGCAAGCUGGAUGAGGAACCUGAGAUGGAGUCUGAGAGCUGGGAUGGCAAUGGCAAGCCCCGCAAGUUUUGGAUUCCCAGCUCAGACUGCAACAUUGUUCUCGGCAAUGGCGCAGACCCUGUCGUGACAACGUCGAACACAUUCCAGCGCCAUGCGACUCGCCUCUCCGCUACAAUUCAGCCAGAAGAUGCACAGUGGGCGACCGACUUUGCCUCCACGCCAUCCACCCUGGCCAACCCCAACACCCGCGACUACCCACAGAGACCUGUCUCUGCAGGUGGAAGCAACGCUGGUCAGCCCAAGUCACUGGCGUUCAGCGAGUUUCCUCCUUUCCGCUUCGCAGCCGAGUUCCCAAACCCUCGUUUCCUUAAGGAGAAGAAGCGAGUCUAUUCAAGGACCGUGUCCUACGCUGGUUCACUAUGGAACAUCUACAUCCAGAAGGUGCGCUCAGCCAAGAACGUUCAGCUUGGUGUCUACCUGCACCGUGCUAAAGAGCGUGAGGUAGAUGAGAGCGCCCAAGACAGCGGCGUAAGUCAGCAGAAUAACGCUACAGUCGACUCCCGUAUUGGUCAACUUGAACGUGAGAUGCUUAUGCGUAGUGAACGACGGGAGCGUCGACGCAGCACUCGAGUCGUCAUGCAGGACAACACGGGUGACGAUGAUACAAGUGGCAGUGGAGGCGACCCAGAAUCGACACUCGUCUCGACAGGUUCUCGAAACCCUCUCUUCUCUAGCAGCAGUCUGGGUCGGCGUCGGAGCGUCCCCAUCGCUCGACUCUCCAGUCGUGGGAUGCACACGCUAGCAACAUCGCCGCCAAACACUGGAGCCCUCGACUCAACACCCAUAUCAUCAGCUCUGGGUCACUCACAUCACGACUCUGACGAUUCAGACGAAGAAGAUGAAUUAGACUCGGCUUACAUGAACCCGUCACUCACUCCUCUCGCGCGCAGAACGCGUCUAAGCAUGCCGACUCUGCCGCCGUAUGUGGAUGGUCGACCCACCAUCAAGACUUAUUUCAAAAUCUACAGUCCCUCGAAGGGCGGUCGUAUGCUUAGCAUCUACGAAAGCGCGCCUGACAAGUUCAAUUUCAGUCAGAGCUGGGGCUGGAAGAGUAGCACACUGAUGCUUGACGAGGUCAUCAUCAACGGCGCCGCAGACGACUCACUGCCUGUGUCAGGGUCGAUGCCAGUCAAGAAGGGUGAUGGCAAAUUGAGGUUCAUGGUGGUCAUCGGCAACUUGUAGUUGCAACACGGCAUGCAGCAUGAUGGAAAUCAAUUUCCUUUCAGGCUGCAUGACCACCAGGCGUUCUAGAUUCGUUGCUUCUUACGACGAUUUUCAGCAUCUCAUUUCAGCAAUUUGUAGCGUUCUGCAUGUCCGGCGUUGGGAGAGUCUUUCGUGUCUCGCAAGUAUACCCAAACACACAGCAUGCACCGAUUGAUUGAUUCCAUUGAUUGAUUGGUUCAACGUCCUAUGUGAGUCUGAGACUAUGGAAGACAAGAGGAGCUACUGCUCCUCUGGUAGUGCAAAGAUUUAGUUACAGGAGGUUGAGUUCAGUGAGAGUACAAAAGAUGGUGAGGGCUCAGGCCCAAAGCAUGCACCAAUACAUACGGCGAUGGACGGCUUCGCAACAGUUUGAAUAGACUUUA